UCAGCUUGCACGCACGCCACGGCCAUGAUGAAGAUGACGCACGACGACUACGUCCACCUCUGCCUCAUGGCGCUCGCCUCCGUGGCGACCGGCGGCGGCCAAGCGGAAGCAGCGAAGGGGCAAUGGUUACAGACUCUACCGGCGACAACAGCAGCGGCCUGCGAGCUCCGGUUCCGGUGCUCCGUCUGCGGCAAGGCGUUCCCGUCCCACCAGGCGCUCGGCGGGCACAAGGCCAGCCACAGGAAACGGGCGGCGCUCGUGCUGCCGCUACAAAGCGUGUCGCCGGCGGAGGAGACGGUGGCAUCGUCGACGUCAUCUGGCGUCGGCGGGCACAGGUGCUCCGUGUGCCACCGGAGCUUUGCGACGGGGCAGGCGCUCGGCGGGCACAAGCGGUGCCACUACUGGGACGGGCUGUCGGUGUCGCUGACGGCGUCGGCGUCGGGUUCCGGGUCAUCCGCGAGGGAUUUCGACCUCAACCUGACGCCGGUGACGGAGAAGGCCGCCGCCGGCAUGCGAAGGUGGGGAGAGGAGGAAGAGGUGCAGAGCCCCUUGCCGUUCAAGAAGCGGCGGCUGUCAAGUCCUUCCUUGGAGCUUAAUUUAAUACUCCUUGAUUAAUUGUGCUAUACCUGUCAGUCCCACCGUUUAUUCUUGUUUAUUUCCACUUUUGCUUUUGAGCCUAUUGUUUAUUUCCACUUGAGAGCUCCUGAUUCAUUUGUGACU